UUCACAGAAACUGAAACAGAGGUUCUGAACAGUCGCAUAUAAACGGUAUGUCGGGAAUUUAUCUUUCUGAUCAAUUCUUUCGUGAAGGAGCUUAAUUAGGUAUGUCUUCGAUUCAACCGGCGGAUAUUUCACCUCAAUAACUGUAAACAGACGGUAACGUGCUUGCUCACCGCAGCAGAUUCCAUUCAGCUUUAGAUUAAGAAUGAGAUUCCUUUAUUACUUCUUCAAUAUUGAUUGGAAGAAGAAUGGGUGUGAACAAAACCGCGAAAAUUAUUAAUCGAAUACUCGAUUGUUGACUGAAAGUUACGAUGUCUAUCUAUAAAGAAAACCAUCGUUGGAAUUGCCCCAGCGACAGAGAGCUUGUACUUCGUGCCAAAUUGAAUUCUGGAUGGUCCGUUCAUAGCCAAGAUUACUUUCGGAAGAAUGAGGCUAUUCAAGAGCCAGAGCUUCAAUCCAUAGAAAAUGUCAUGGAAAGAGCAAAGCAGGUUGAACUAUUAGAAAGAGAACGAGUUGGGAGGAUGGUGUGCAGACUAGAAAAUAUGAAAAGAAAUAGUGUUGGUGAUGGUAAAAAAACAUGUUCUAUGUGCGGGAUAUCAUUUGGCCUAAUUCGAACAUCGUCGGUAAGCUGCUGUGAUUGCCGAAUGGCUGUAUGCGAAAAAUGUAGAAUAGACAUCCAAAAUGCAUCUCAAGAAUUUUGUGUAUUGUGCAAAAUUUGUGCUGAAAAUAGAGAAGUAUGGAAAAAAUCCGGUGGAUGGUUUUAUGGGCAAGUACCUCCAUCAGAUCAAUCAGCGCCUCUGCAGAAUACGAAAUACGAUGAAAACAAAGGAUCUCCUAAUUGCACAAGAGCGUUUAACACAUGGGAACACAGGAAACCUGAUAUUGUUCGCUUGGAAAGUUUUGAACCGCCAGAAGAAAACCAUAACGAUAAUCCUUUGUAUAAAACAUGGGCCGUGAGUUCCAGUUCAGAUAUCAGCUCCAUCGAUGAAACGAUUUCUUUCACAGAAGACACAGAAAGAGUGAGAAAGAAUUCAGAUGAUGGUGAAAAUUUAGAAAUGAAUCGUUUGUCAACUCCUGAAGAUUCAAAGCUGUCGAUUUCCUGUCCGUCUUUGCAGACACUUGAGGAUACCCCUAUUUACAAACAAGCAGAAGUUCAUAGAAAAAGACACUCUCGUAUAUUUUCUAAGAAAAGGAUUUUAACACCAGCUCACAAAGUAAUGGAAAAAAUUUCAAAACAUCGCAAAUCUAAGUAAUGCAAAUAAAAUUUUAUAUAUUCCUAUUUUUUUAGAGUUAAAAAAUAUAGACAAAGACUAAAAUUGUUUAAAUUUCACCAUAUAUGUAGAAUGACUGAAGAAAGUAAAUGUAACAUUUUUAUAGCAACGGAAUGUAGCAUACAACCAAAAGCAUUUUGUUGAUAUGCAAUGAACUGCAAUAAGUAAAUUAAAAAAAAGUUUGACUAGUAAAUACUGUAAAAAUCAUAAUAUGGUAAACUCUUAUGAUGCAUACAUUAUGCAUUUUCAUAGUUUUUAUUUUUUGUUUAAAAGCAAAUGAUGUAAACGCUUACCUAUUUUAUAUGCAUAAACAAUGAAAUGGACGAUUAAAAAAAAUUACAUUUCAUUAGCUAUAUUCAAUAGUUACAAUUUAGAGAUAUGUUUGAACACGCAGAAAUGCGUCAGGUAAUAUAUAUUUCUUAUAAGCUGCAACAUAUCCCCGUGUUGCAAGAGUCCACUGCAUUGUGUAUUUACAGUUUUUUUUUUUUUUUUUGACUGCUCUUAUAAAUUCUGAUAAUGAAUGUGGAUUAAAAACAACAUAUUAAAGAAUAGUAUUU